CACACUAGCUAGCUGAGCUACAGAGGUGUUUUUGGGAGCAUGACCGACGAGGCAGGCUUUAUCCUCGCUCUAAAGGUGGUAUCGGGGAUAACGUGCCUACUGUCGAUCCUGGGAGCGGGACUGAUCAUCGCCACCUAUGUCGCAUUCCGAGACCUGCGGACGGUGGCCCGGCAGCAGUUGGUGAACCUCUCCCUGGCCGACAUGACCGUAGCCGCAUCCCACUUUGUCGGUCUGGCUGCGUUGCAGGUGGAAAACUACGAAACCCCGCACAAUAGCGACGGAAAUGGUAGCGGCAACGCUUUCAACUACUCUACUGCGGAGCAAGACACCCUGUGCAAAGUGCAGGGAGGAUUCACGAUGUUGGGGACGCUCGCGUCGUUUCUCUGGACGCUGGCGCUGGGUUUCUAUAUGCUAAUGGUCAUAGUGCUAAAGCGAACGGACGUCGCGCGCUACCUGUUGUUCUUCUACUAUCCCAUCUGCUGGGGUGUACCGUUGACACUGACGCUAUGGUUUGGACUGGUGAAACCGACAUACUUGGGGUUUGGCGAAGGAGCAGAUAUAGGGUGGUGCUAUAUUAGAGUUGUUCAAAAAUCGAAUGGCAAUGUCGAUCAUUCCACAACGGUUUUAGCAGAAGUUCUGGGGUAUGAGCUGUGGUUCUAUGUGACCUUUGUUUCCCUAGCAGCCAUCUACAUCACUAUGCUAUUCUACCUCAAAUAUAAGGGUAUGAAGAUUAAAAAGCACUGGAAAUAUACUGAUCUGAAACUGGUACUUGUUCCCCUCAUCUUUAUUCUGCUUCGAAUGUGGAGUGGUAUUAUCGACAUACUUCACUAUGCAACACUGGGUGACAAAAGCCCUCGUAAUCUGGAUGACACUGGUGGAUUUUAUGCACUAGUGCUACUAGCAGGUGUUGGAGACUCAGCACAAGGGCUCGCCAACGCCGUGCUGUUCUGUGCCUUCACCAGGCAGGUUCGCAACAGGUUACUGGAAACAGCCCGUUCCCAUCUCUGCUGCUUCUGUCCCGACUCCUACCUCCGACUUAGGACCAGUGAGAGGUUCUCCGACAUGGUUGUUCACGAAGCCACGACUCAGCUGGAUGGAGACAGUGUGUGCGAAGAGACUGUAAGGCAACACACAGAUGGAUACUGGGAGACCUCUUUGAUUUUGGACAACAUCCCAGAAAAAUAUGGGACAUAGUCUCUGAUGUAGAAUAAGUAGAUUAAUUGCGCAUGCGCGAUAACCCCUUGAAGGCGGGGCUUGUAAUGCAACAAAACGUGCCCCACCCCUCUGAGGCUGAGGAUCGAGGAGAGUGUGUGAGGACGGCAGGCGAAGGAUGGACCCGUUUUUUCUCUCCAUAAGGAUAGUGGUCGGAACUACGUGUGUCGUGUCGGUCUGCGGCGCGUGUCUGAUCAUUCUCACCUUCUUGGCGUUCAAGGACCUGCGGACGCUGGCGAGACAGCAGCUCGUGAACCUGUCAGUCGCCGACAUCUUGGUGGCCGGCUCUCACCUCCUCGGCCUCGCAGCUCUGAGAGUAGAGAACUACGACCCAUGGACUGACAUGGACGAAGGGAGCAAUCACACGAACGACACCCCCGCCGGUAACUCGACGAUGUUGUGCCAAGUACAGGCCUCAUUCACCAUGUUUGGAACGAUCGCGUCUUUCCUCUGGUCGCUUGCCCUUGGAUUCUACAUGCUGAUGAUCAUUGUGCUGAGAAGACCGGAUAUUGCCCGCUAUCUCCUGGUCCUCUACUACCCCGUGUGCUGGUUGAUACCGCUCGCAUUGACUCUAUGGUUUGCACUGGCGAAUCCAACCUACUUAGGAUAUUCAAAGUCAGAUAUUGGAUGGUGUUAUGGCAGGCGCAUUCCCGAUGACGACACUAAAAGCAUUCUCGGGUAUCUGCUGGGGUACGGGCUGUGGUUUGCCAUAACUAUAGUAGCUUUGGUUGUGAUCUACUCCACAAUGCUCUGCUACUUAAAAUUUAGGGUCGGUAUGUUAAUUGAUGACGUCCUUGCUCAAGAUUUGAGUGAUUUUCCCCCCAACAGAACACCAGGAGAGCAGCAGAACAAGAGAAGCACUGACUUCAAACUCGUCCUCAUUCCCCUCAUCUUCUUUCUGCUGCGCUUCUGGAGUGUUGUUCUUGACAUUGACACCUUUCGUCUUGCUCCACAUCACUAUAAUAAAAAUGGAACUCGUGCACUGAUACUGUUGGCCGGCAUUGGAGAUUCCGCACAGGGACUAGCCAAUGCUGUCCUGUUUUGUGCCUUCACCAAACAGGUCCGGGAGAAACUCAAGAGGUCUCUCCUCUCCUGUCUCUGCUGCUACUGUCCCAGUGUCUACUCUCGUUUGCGUCAGAGAUGGCCGAGCAGCUCUGUUACGAGUUCAGGUCUGGGAGUAAGUCACGAGACUACGACGCAGCUGGAGAGCGAGAGCACACGCAGCAUGGCUGCUGAGUCGUACCAAGGAGACCAGAUGCCCACGACCAGUGACCUAGUGUCAGAGACGGAAAGGACUAAUCUUUUGAGAUGA